AUGGAUAAUAGAGAGCUUUCUAGAUAUGUUACUGGAUUUGGGCCAGUCGGGAUGAGCCAUUUGGUACCCAAGGAUAAUGGAGAACUUUUACAGGAUGUUACUGGAUUUGGGCCUUUUAGGACGAGACUUUUGGUGUCCCAAAAUAAUAGAGCGCUUUCAGGAGAUGUUGCUGGAUUUGGGCCUUUUGGGACGAGCCUCGCUAAGGGUAAUGGAGGGCUUUCAGGAUAUGUUACUGGAUUAGACUUUUUGAUGCUCAAACAUAAUGGAGGGCUUGUAGGAGAUGUUACUGGAUUUGGGUCUUUUGGGAUGAGCCUCUUGGUGCCCAAAGAUAAUGAAGGAGAUUUUGCUGGAUUUGGACCAGCUGGGACAAGCCGUUUUGUGCCUAAAUUCAAUGGAGGGCUUUCAGGAGAUGUUGCUGGAUUUGGGACGGUUGGGACGAGUCGCUUUGUGCCUAAAGUCAAUGGAGGGCUUUCAGGAGAUGUUGUUGGAUUUGGGCCGGUUGGGACGAGUUGUUUUAUGCCUAAAGUCAAUGGAGGACUUUCAGGAGAUGUUGCUGGAUUUGGGCCGAUUGGAACGAGCCUCUUGGUGCCCAAAGUCAAUGGAGGACUUUCGGGAGAUGUUGCUGGAUUUGGACUGGUUGGGACGAGCCACUUUGUGCCUAAAGUCAAUGGAGGACUUUCAGGAGAUGUUGCUGGAUUUGGACCGGUUGGAACGAGCCUUUUGGUGCUCAAAGAUAAUGGAAAACUUUCGGGGGAUGUUGCUGGAUUUGGUCCGGUUGGAAUUGGCCACCGAUGGUGGUGGCCAAUAAAAAUAGCUGGAGGUGGUGGCUCAAUUUGGCCGGAGGAGGGUGGAGGUAGCCACGACAACAUAGUACGGAAAUGA